UGGGGGAGGGUGUGCAAACUGUCCUUCCUAGGGGUUGAAGGGCAGGAUGACAGCUGGCUUGAAGAGGUGUCUGUUAUAUGUGUGUGUUUCUGUUCUUGUGCUGUAUAUCUUGUCACCCCCCCUUUCUCUCUCCAAUCCGUUUAGUUGUGUUGCUUAAGAAUCUAUUUCCGUCACUCCAUUCUAUGCCUAUCCUUUCCUGCAGUUACUUUUUCACUUCUUGUAUCACCCUUUUGUUCUGUUCCGUCUUGCUUACCUUUGGCAACUUUUCCAAGCGCCAUUUGACCUAAUUUAUCCUCUUUGCAUUCUCCAUUCUCCAUUCCUUCUUAACGUUCUCUCCUACUUUCUGCCGUAAACUCUUCACCCAGUGGCUGCGGAUGGCUGUUCUCAGUAACUAUGCUUGUGCGUUUGUAUGUAUGUGCUCUGACUUGUGCGCCCGCUUGGUGGGGAGCAUAUGCGUGAGAAGAGGGUAUCAUCUUUGGCUGGCAGCAAUUGUCAGUCUGACACCGCUCCUGCACGGACUUAGCAACCCUAGAAGCAUUUUCUCCAACAACAAUAACUUCUUCAAUGUGAAGUUCGUGCAUUGUUCCUGCGGCUGGACCUUUCUCCUUCUGUCUGGAUUCGUUCUCUUGGUGACGCUGCUGCCCACAGGUCGUCCAUUUCUCUCUCUGCUGCACCUAACAAGGCUGGCAGUGAGCACAGCUGUGUGUCAAGGAGUUCCCUACCUUUUCCAGCUCCUGGAGGACAUAACGGGUUCCUGUCACCAGCCACUACCACCUGGUACACUGCUCCUCCAUCGCUUGGAAGAUAGGUACAGCUGCCUGGCUGAAGGACAUAAGUGGGAAGGUUAUCAUAUAUCUCCGAAAACCUUCACUCUCACCUUAUGCAGUCUGUCUAUGGCAGAGGAGCUGGCUGUGUUUGUGCGUUACCUGAGGAGAGGAUUCCCAGCUGAUACUGCCCUGCAUCUUGUGUUUCUGCUAAAUGCCAGCCUUUUGGGACUGUACAAUCUGCUUUUGAUCUGCACAGCACUUUAUGCUCCAAACUACACCCAGAGUGUGGUGGGGACAGCAACAGGCACCUUGUGUUGGUACCUCACGUACCGUGGCUGGUACCGCACGUAUUUUUCACCUGGACCACCUGGAUAUGGAAUGUUCCCCAGAAAGGUGAUAAGUCCCAGAAACAAGAUAGAGUGAGGAGGAAUGCCACCAGAGAAUGUUAUCUUACUUUGUCUCCUUUCCAUUCUUUCAGCAAGUAUUUUCUCCAAAUUCACCAAAAUCCAUAAUCCAACAUGACAUUUAGGAUUUAUCUUUUUGGACCCCAAAUAUUAACUGAUUGCCUUGGACUAUCACUUGCCCUAUCUUUUCACUGCUCAAUAAAAACUGAAAUGCCAAAA